AUGAGUCCGUUUCAAAGAGCAGCUGGAUUUGUUUUAAAGGACAGGAAGGGAAAUAAGUUAAAAACCCGGAAAUUUAUUUACCCUGCUAUUGAAAGGAUAGAUAGUCUAUUCAGUUCUGCAUCCUCAAAAUAUCCAGCUUGGGAUCGAAUUGACUUUGGCUUCCAUCUUAUUUUGUUUUCUAUAUCUCCUUUAACCAAAGAACCAAAUUUUGGGGUUUUUACUACUGAAAGUGGCUCAAGAUUUAAUAGACUCACAUUUAGACCUGCCAAUCGGUCUCCAUUUGAUGGUGAUGGUGAUGAUGAUGAUGACAAGACUUGA